AUGCCACAGCUAUGUAAAAUUCCGAACCACACUCUUUUUCUAAAAAAAUAUUCAUGGAUCUACUUUUUGGAAGUAUACUUCACCAUGACAUUUGAUACAACAAUCGUAAAGAAAACUCAAGAUAUUGAUCGAGUAAAUGAAGUUUUAGUCAGCGCAUUCAAAGAUGUAGGCACUUCUCGUCUUUUCGUCCGAAGAUUACACAAGAUUCCUGACACACAUUUGGAACUUGAUGAGAAGUUAUUUGACUUCAGGGACAGAUUAUCCUAUCACUUAAAACAAGGAGGGAUCAUAUUAGAAUCAAAUGACUUCAAUGCCAUUGCCAUAUGGUAUUCUCCUGAUGUGAAAUUCGAGCCAUUUGCCUCGCCGGAUGAACAAACAAGGCCAGCGAUAGUAGAAAAAUUCUAUAAUUCAUCACUUGAUGCAAAACACAAUUAUUUCAAAGAUAAUAGGUUCUGGUAUUUGAAUACACUUGCUAGAAAUAAAAAUCAAGAACCUAUAAAGGGAGCUAUUUCUGUAAUAAUUGAUCCUGUGGUUAAAGAAUGCAAACUGAAAAGUAUCCCCAUAUAUGUUGAGGCAAUUUCGGAACAUGCAAAGGAAAUAUACCUACACUAUGGGUUUGAAAUAAUUAGAACCUUGACUUUAGGAAAGGCGCAGGUGGAUCGCCAGGGUAUACCUGCGAGAAAUGGAGAAGGAGUUAAUGUAUACUUUAUGGUCCUCAAAUGUUCCUAG